UGAGACUGUGACUCUGCAGAGUAAAUAGCAGCAGACUCAGUUCCCUUUCAGUCAGAAUGGGCCGUAACUGAGUUGAACUGGGAUAUUGUUUUCGGAGGAAACGAUGGAAAUAAUUCGUUUCGGGAUGGGACUGAAGAGGCGACUUGGCGUUCGCAACACUUUCAUCCUGCUGGUUUUGGGGAAUAUUGCGACUGUAAUAUGCAUUAAUGGCCAAAGUCUUGACUGUACCAACGACUUUAAUAAAACCAUGUUUUGCCACUUUGGAGGGGAAAACUGUACCGAAUACAGAAUGACUCUUGUGAACGACAGCUGGUAUCGGGAUAAGGGCUGUGUUUUAAAGCAGUGUGACAACGGACAGUGUUGCUGCUCCAUCCAGAUGCCUUAUUUUAUUGCAGAUGACACUUUAAAAUCAAGAGUUUGGAAAAGAAGCAAAAACAUUGAGUCAAAACCCAUCAAUGUAAAAGGCAGCGUAAAGCCCAAAACCCCAACAAUCAUCUCAGUCAAUGAAUCCAUGGAGAACUUUAAAGUUGUUUGGUUGACAAACGUGGACGACAUUCUGAGUACGAGUCUGACUGCUGAAGUGACUUAUCGUGUUAAAGGAUCCACUAAAAAGGAAUCUGUACGGGUUAACCAAACUGCAGCUAACGGAAGAAACGACUAUGAAAUACAAGGACGACUCUUGGAGCCAAGGACAACGUAUGUGGUCAGUGUGAGAAGCUACACGGCCUGGAGCAACAAGUUCAGUGACAGUAGUAACGAAAAGGAGUUUACAACCUCGAUGUCCUCAGAUACUCCGUUCACCAUCAUCAGCCUCUGUGUAGCUGCAGUCCUCAUCAGUGGUGUUAUAUAUGGCUGUUACAUAAAACUCAGAUCAAAAUGGUUGGACACAGUGGAAAAAUGUCCAAAUCCAAAACUUCUUGAUAUGCAUCCAUCUGAGCAAAAGUUCUUGAAGACUGCACCGCCCAUCUUCUCCUCUGUCUGUGUUGAGCCUCUCUCAGAUGACAGGAGACUGUGGUUUAAACAUCCACUGAAAGACUCCAGUGAUGGGAGCCUUCAACAAAGCAGUGGAAUCGGCUCUGGCUCCUCUUGUCUCCGCGACGCCAACUCAGAACCUGCAGACAUUAUAAGUGAAGUUCAGGAUGCCACCAGGAAAGCCCUCUCUAAGAUCAUCAUCUCAACAACAUCACCUUUGACCACUGGCCUAAUGACAGACUUUCCCCAAGACAGCAGUUUGCUCUGUGCUCCUCACAACCUUUGUGAUGUACAAGAUGAGGACAUGAGCUCCGGGUUGUCUGCAUUCCUAAAUAAAACCUACUCCAUCCCCAUUCCUGGCGACCCAGUUCAGACUACGACAGACAUCUCUGAGGUCCAGAUUGAAAUGCCCUGCGAGACUGCGCACCGUCCAAGUGAGGGUGCCACUGUGAUCUCUACUUACCAACAGGCAGCACCAUGUCCACCCAUCACUUUGCCUUUCUCUUUGAUACCCACUGACAUUUCCUAUCAGCCGUGCAACAUAAAUUCAGGGACAUGUUCAUUUCAAGACUCCGGUAUAUCCUCCGUCUCCAGUGGAACAAACACAACCCCAUCAUGUGAUCCUGUAUGUGAAGUUGAAGCUGCAUGUGAGGGUUUUGAAAAUGGAAAAAUUGAUGCCGAGGCCAUUGUUAGUGAUGAAAAUCCCUGCUCUGUGCCUGCAGAGUCACACAGCAUCCCUGCAGUGGACUACGACUAUCAGCCGUUUCAACACCUAGUGGAGCCGAGUGUUUUCAUUUCAGACAUGAAAGGGGGUGAGAAAGAGGAACAUUGCAACCAUCCUGAGGACCCUUACAUCAAGACCCCUCAAACAGUAUAAAACUCUGAGCUACAGAGACCUCUUCUGUCCCUGAUCUCAGCUGAUCAGUCCAUGCCGAUAAUCACAGACAGCGGCUACCAGUGCUUGUAGAGCUACUAUUUUUUAUGCACUUGCUUUUUGUUGUUUUGAGUUUCUUUGAAUUCAGGGAAUGUAAAAUAUGAGAGGAGGUGGAUAAUGCUGAUUGUUGUGUGACUAAAGUUUCUGUUUCAGUUUACUUUAAAGCAGCAGAGGAGGAGAGAAAAUUAAAUUCAAGGUUCUUUUUAGUGCAGUGGAGGCCAUCCUGUGGACCACAUGAACUGUGCGAGUUUGAGUGUGUUUGAUCUUGAAACUGUAUUGCUGCCAUUCUUGACCAGGUCUCCUUUGAAAAAGAGAUCUUUGAUCUCAGUGGGACUAACCUGGUUAAAUAAAGGUUAAAUGAAUAAACACGUUGCUCACUCAGUGCAGCCUGCAAGUUUAAUAUACACUGCCUGGCCAAAAAAAAGUCGCCACCUGGAUUUAGCAAAGCAAAUAGGUACGAGCCUCCUAUUGGAUAAUUAUUGCACGGGCGAUUAUCUUUCAGCUGGCAACAAGUUAUUUAACCCCAGCUGAUGCAAUGAGUAACUUCUCAUUUCUUAAACAACCAUGUCGAAAGACACAUCCUGUGGUCGUGGAAAAGGUGUUAGUCUGUUUAAGAAUGGCCAAACCAUUGGCAUGCAUCAAGCAGAGAAAACAUCUAAGGAGAUUGCAGAAACUACUAAAAUUGGGUUAAAAACUGUCCAACGCAUUAUUAAAAACUGGUAGGAUAGUGGGGAACCAUCGUCUUCCAGGAAGAAAUGUGGUCAGAAAACAAUCCUGAAUGAUCGUGAUCGGCGAUCACUUAAACGUUUGGCCAAAUCAAAUCGAAGAAAAACAACAGUAGAACUCAGGAGUAUGUUUAAUAGUGGAAGUAAGAGCAUUUCCACACACACAAUGCAAAGGGAACUCAAGGGAUUGGGACUGAACAGCUGUGUAGCCUUAAGAAAACCACUAAUCAGUAAGGCUAACCAGAAAAAAAAGGUUUCAGUUUGCUAGGGAGCGUAAAGAUUGGACUCUGGAGGGAUGGAAGAAAGCCAUGUGGUCUGAUGAGUCCAGAUUUACCCUGUUCCAGAGUGAUG